CUGCCGGCACUGAAAAUCUAUAGUUUACGUUACGUGUAUUGUAGAUUUUCAGUACAGGCAGUGAAUUUCGGAACGCAGCCCUAGUACGCUUCCAUACGUUACGCUCGUUACGCACAUGGAUAAAUUUGAUAAACGUGGUACGGAGAGAUUAGGAUCUUAAAGUGAUUAAAAUAUAAAAAAUGUCGAAACUCUUUAUUCUGUAUGAGCAUGCCGUUGGAUAUGCUGUAUUCCAAGUUAAACAGUUUGAAGAGAUUGGAAUGAUGUUGCCUCAGGUGGAGGCGUCGGUAACGGAACUGUCACGUUUCCGUUCGAUCGUAAAUCUGGUUGGAUUUUCACCCUUCAAAACAGCAUUAUCUGCCCUGGAAAAUAUCAACAGUAUUUCUGAAGGAAUCGUCACAGAAGAUCUGAAGAUUUUCUUAGAUGGUUGCAUACCAGAAUCCACUAAACAGCAUCCUGUUACUCUGGGUGUUGCGGAUCCCAAACUCGGUUCCCAUAUCACUGAAACCUUGGGAAUAAAAUGCGAACUUGGCAAUGCCGUUUUUGAAAUUCUUCGAGGAAUAAGACUUCACUUUCCUAAUUUAGUGAAAGGCUUGACUCCUCAGAAUGCAGCAGUUGCACAGUUAGGUCUUGGACAUAGUUAUUCAAGAGCCAAGGUUAAAUUCAACGUGAAUCGAGUGGAUAACAUGAUUAUCCAGAGCAUAUCCUUAUUGGACCAAUUGGACAAGGACAUCAACACGUUCAGCAUGCGUAUAAGAGAAUGGUACGGAUAUCACUUUCCAGAACUCGCGAAGAUAGUUCCCGAAAAUUAUACAUACGCAAAAGUGGCACGAGUGAUAAAAAAUAGAAAAGAAUUGAUAGAUGACAAAAUCACAACAUUGGAAGAAAUAGUUAUGGAUAGUGCUAGAGCUCAAGCCAUCAUUGACGCAGCUAAGUCUUCUAUGGGAAUGGACAUAAGUCCGGUUGAUUUAAUGAACGUUGAAAUCUUCGCUGAACGCGUUGUCGGAUUAGUGGAGUACAGAAAGAAGAUGGCCAAAUAUUUAACGUCGAAAAUGGCGGGAAUAGCACCAAACUUGGCUACUUUAAUUGGAGAUCAAGUUGGCGCCAGAUUGAUAGCGCACGCUGGAUCAUUAACUAAUUUGGCAAAGGCUCCGGCAUCUACUGUUCAGAUAUUGGGAGCGGAAAAAGCUUUGUUCAGAGCAUUAAAAAGCCGUGGAAAAUCAAAUACUCCGAAAUAUGGACUUCUAUUUCACUCUACAUUUAUUGGCCGUGCUGGUACAAAAAAUAAAGGUAGAAUUGCAAGAUAUCUGGCCAAUAAAUGCUCCAUUGCUUCCAGAAUCGAUUGUUUUGCCGAAACACCUGUGAAAAUAUUCGGUGAAAAAUUACGGCAACAAGUAGAAGAUAGAUUGACCUUUUAUACAACUGGCAAAGAACCCAAAAAAAAUGUAGACGUAAUGAGAGAGGCCGUAGAGGAAACAGCAAAAAUGUUACAAAAUAUGCAACAGGAAAAAGAAGCAAAGAAGAAAAAGAGAAAGAAAGAGGUGAUCGAAAACGGCACUGAAAAUGGCGCUGAAAAUGGCGCUGAAAAUGAUCAUCAUGAAAAGAAGAAAAAGAAGAAGAAGAAAUCGAAAGAGGACGCUUAAAUAUUAUUUAGAUUAUAUCAUCAUUUAUAUUAUAUCAUGUCCGUCAAUAUAUCGAAAAAGUAGCAAAUCGUGAGAACACAAAAUUUCUUUUACCAAUAUAAUAUUGUUUUCUAUAAUACAUACAUAAAAUUAUUGACAAUUACAAACAUUUU